UGUUUGUAAUUUAUCGUUCUUAUAGAGACGCACACUCGACAACUUGGAACUCAACGAGGCAAGGGGAAGACAAGCAGAAGAAGUAGGUUGAAGAUAAUCAAAGUUAAGUGGUACGAGCAGAGAUGGAGACUCAGUCGGACGGUAACGACGACAUCGACACCAUUAAAGAGAUCCGCCAACAGCUGGAAGCUAGCAUAGAGACCCGACACCUUGCCCAACAACAUCUCAUUGCCUCUCUCCAAACCCUUGUUCCCGACCUCGUAAGUUCCCUCGACCUCUCCCUCAAGGUUGUCUCCGCCUUCAAUGGCCGCCAGUAUACUCCAUCCCCACUCCCUGAUCUUUUUAUCCCCCCGGCUAAGCCCCUCCCUAAAACCCCUCUGGGCGACCGCCAACCUCGUCGUCGAUCCGUCGAGCCCAAACUCCCCACGGUCUCGAGGAAUUAUCAGAACCAUAAGGCGUCGCCUGAAGCUCCCCCAAUCCGUCGCUCCGAUAGCGAGAAGUGGAUGUCGAUCGACGGCAGUGGGAGCCCGUUGUCCGUUGUUCGAUCGAUGGUCGCGGAUUGCCUUUUGCAGCGAGUACCCUUUACGCCGAUUGACUCGUCUGCAGUGCUUAGAAAGCUCGAGAACGACCAGUCGGCGACGGCGGCAGAGAAGUCGGCUUUGCUCGAACUGGGAGGGGAAUCGGGUGCCAUAUUGGCGGUUGAAAUGGCGUUGAGGUCGAUGGCCGAUGAUAAUGCUGGCGUUGUACUGGAGGAGUUUGUGGUAGGCGGGAAAUCUAGGGUUAGGGUUUUGAAGAUUGACCGCGAUCUGCUAAUGAAGGAAUUGCCUGAAAGCGCUCACAUGCAGCAGCAGCAGCAGGAGCCGAAUUCAGAAGACGGGAAUCAAGUUCAGUCGGCGAUGACAACUGGAGCCGAUGUUAAUGGGGCGGUUUUUGGGAUGGGUGGAGCUAUUGCUAGGCCGCUGCCUGAUAUGUGGGUUGGGCCCGUUGACCCUCACAUUUCAGGAUUGCCCCCCAUUUUUCCGGCUGGUGGAGGACCGCCACCGAUGAUGGGCCCGAGGGGUGGGCCUAGAGUAAUGGGAAUGAUGGGGAUUCACAGAGGAAUGGGUGUUCCACCUCUCCAUAGACCGCCGAUGGGACCUGUUGCAACAAUGGGUGGUCCAAAUUCGACGCCUUUGAAGAUGAGAACCGAAGAGGAUGAUUUGAAGGAUCUUGAGGCUUUGUUGAAUAAGAAGUCCUUCAGGGAGAUGCAGAAGUCGAAGACUGGGGAGGAGCUCUUGGACCUGAUCCACCGUCCCACCGCCAAGGAAACUGCCGUGGCUGCUAAGUUCAAAACUAAAGGUGGAUCUCAACUAAAGGAAUAUUGUUCUGCUUUAACAAAGGAAGAUUGCCGACGUCAAUCUGGUUCUUAUAUUGCAUGUGAGAAGGUUCAUUUUAGGCGUAUAAUUGCUCUACACACUGAGAUCAGUUUGGGAGAUUGCUCUUUUUUGGAUACAUGCCGUCACAUGAAGACAUGCAAGUAUGUUCAUUAUGAGCUUGACCCAACUCCAGAUGUGCCAGCCAUGAUGAUGGGAGCUGCAGCUCUUCCUCCCCCUAAACCAAUAAAGCCUCAACGUGCUGAAUAUUGUUCGGAGGUUGAGCUUGGUGAACCACAAUGGAUUAAUUGUGAUAUUCGCACAUUUAGAAUGGACAUUUUAGGGCAGUUUGGAGUUAUCAUGGCAGAUCCACCUUGGGACAUUCAUAUGGAGUUGCCUUAUGGAACAAUGGCAGAUGAUGAGAUGCGCAGUCUCAAUGUUCCUGCACUGCAAACAGAUGGUCUGAUUUUUCUGUGGGUCACUGGGCGUGCAAUGGAACUUGGACGUGAGUGCUUAGAACUUUGGGGAUACAAGCGUGUUGAGGAGCUCAUUUGGGUGAAGACCAAUCAGCUUCAGAGAAUUAUCAGAACAGGGCGCACAGGCCAUUGGCUCAAUCACAGUAAGGAACAUUGUCUUGUUGGGUUAAAGGGAAAUCCAGAAGUGAACAGGAAUAUUGAUACAGAUGUUAUUGUUGCUGAGGUUCGAGAGACCAGCCGCAAACCAGAUGAGAUGUACCCUAUGCUGGAGAGGAUAAGCCCAAGGACAAGAAAGUUGGAAUUGUUUGCGCGGAUGCACAACACCCAUGCCGGGUGGAUCUCUCUUGGUAAUCAAUUGCAUGGAGUACGAUUAGUUGAUGAAGGGCUGCGAGCAAGGUUUAAAGCUGCUUACCCAGAUGUGGAAGUGCAACCCCCUUCUCCUCCCAGGAUGUCUGCCUUGGAAACAGAUUCUAAUGCUGCUCAAAUGAGGAGUCCAUUCGGAGGAAUGGACUCAAAACUGAUGACGGCUCAAUUUGCAGAAACCACCGGCCCAGGGCCCUAUGUUUCUGAAGAGAAAAUGCCCACAGACGUUGAGAUGGGAAGUUAAUGUAUCAUCAAUGUCUGUCAUUAAUGACAAUACUCGUGUUUCAUAAAGGGAUGAUGAUACGAUCACUUUGGAUGCAGAGAAUGUUGCACCACCUCCACCUGGAUCCAGUGUCACGACUCAUUGCCACCAUUUCCGUAUAACCAAAAACUUUUUACCAACACAUGCAUGGAUGUUUCUCACCAACGGGUGAUAUAUGCUCCCUCGAGACGUAGAGAAUACUGCAUCACCUGGUUCCUUGCAUCAGAAGUCAUGCUAUUGUGGUCGAGCUCACUGUAUCAUGACCCAUUUUUUGUAUUUAUAAUAUCAAUAGUUUUGUCACCUGAUUCCAGUUGUUAAUUUUGUUGUUUUCCUAGCUUAUUCAAAUAUCCAAUAGAGCAGUGUGUUAUAUGCCUGUUUGUCAGGCCAUUUCUGUAGCAGAAAUGAGAUGAUUUUGAGGACAUAAUACCUUAACAGCUGUCCAUCCAGUGAAUUGCACCAACUGAGCAGACAUGGUUCCAGGAGGUCCUGGAUCUUGUUUUUUUGCAGUUUUCAUAUAAUUUAAUCAAUGAUCUAAUGCCGAUACUUGCUGUA